AAUUACCUGACACGUCAUUUCGUUGUCCGAUAAUCCCUUCGCGUCACGCACUUCAAUUCAACACUCCAUCCUCAGAAAACGACCCCUCCUCCGUCUCUUCUUAAGCCCAUUUCUUGCUAAUCAAUCCAAUGCUUAUCUCUCGAAGCGUGCAAGAUCGAUUCGGGUCGAACAUGGAUGGGAAAUCGCCGGAGAAACUAAUACUGGUGAACCGCGAGCCAAACGGCGUCGCACUGGUGACGAUUAACCGUCCCGGUUCCCUUAACUCGCUGACCCGGCCCAUGAUGGUGGACCUGGCCCAGGCUUUCAAGAGGCUCGACCGGGACGAGUUGGUGCGGGUCAUUAUAUUAACCGGGUCGGGCCGGUCAUUCUGUUCGGGCGUGGAUCUCACGGCCGCUGAGGACGUGUUCAAGGGCGAUGUGAAGGACCCGGAGAGCGAUCCGGUGGUGCAAAUGGAGCUCUGCCGCAAGCCAAUUAUCGGAGCCAUCAGAGGAUUCGCCGUCACUGCUGGCUUCGAAAUUGCCCUCGCCUGUGACAUCUUGGUUGCUGCCAAGGGAUCUAAGUUCAUGGAUACUCAUGCUAGGUUUGGGAUAUUUCCUUCGUGGGGUUUGUCUCAGAAGCUUUCGCGCGUCAUAGGGGCCAAUAAAGCCCGCGAGGUAUCUCUCUCAGCCACACCUUUGACUGCAGAGGUAGCUGAGAAGUUGGGUUUCGUGAACCAUGUUGUUGAAGAGGGUGAAUUGUUGAAGAAAAGCAGGGAAAUUGCGGAUGCCAUUGUGAAAAAUAACCAAGACUUGGUGUUGAGGUACAAGGCGGUCAUCAAUGAUGGCCUCAAGCUGGAUCUUGGCCAUGCACUUUCCCUUGAAAAGGAGAGGGCUCAUAAUUAUUAUAAUGGAAUGACGAAGGAGCAAUUCAAGAAGAUGCAGGAAUUCAUAGCUGGUCGAAGUUCCAAGAAACAGUCCAAAUUGUAGGUUCUUUAUUUUCGCCGAUCUCUCGUGCUGUAAAUGUGUAUAUGUUUGCUUCCCAAAUUUGAGGUUUUACGAACACUAUUCCAUACAAAAUCUGACAACCUUGGCUUUUAAUAGUGAAUUAUAUAAAUGAUAGCAGUUCCUCGUUGUCAGAAUUCAAAAUUAAUGUUAUGAAUUAUUUAUGGUUUUUGUUGACUUAA